AUGGCCUCUCCUCAGCAAAUCCGCACUACCCUCACUGAUCAGCUCAAGAUCAACCACCCCAUCCUGCUGGCAGGUAUGAACGUGGCCGCCGGCCCUAAGUUGGCCGCUGCGGUCACCAACGCUGGUGGUCUCGGUGUUAUCGGUGGUGUCGGCUACACCCCUGAGAUGCUUAAGGAACAGAUCUCCGAGCUCAAGAGCUAUCUGAACGACAAGAACGCCCCCUUCGGUGUUGACCUUCUGCUUCCCCAGGUCGGAGGAAGCGCACGCAAGACCAACUACGACUACACCAAGGGCAAGCUAAACGAGCUCGUUGAUAUCAUCAUUGAGAGCGGCGCGAAGCUCUUCGUUUCUGCCGUCGGUAUCCCUCCCAAGCAUGUCGUCGAUCGUCUCCACAGCGCCGGUAUCUUGUACAUGAACAUGAUUGGUCACCCCAAGCACGUCCAGAAGUCGCUUGAUGCCGGUGCCGAUAUUAUCUGCGCCCAGGGUGGUGAGGGUGGUGGACACACUGGUGAUGUCCCGACCACCGUUCUCAUUCCCACCGUUGCCAAGCUCUGCCAGGGCAAGAAGAGUCCCUUGACCGGUCUUCCCGUGCAAGUUGUCGCUGCUGGUGGUCUGUUCAACGGAAACUCGGUCGCCGCUGCUCUCAUGCUUGGUGCCUCUGCCGUUUGGAUUGGUACUCGCUUCAUCUUGUCCGACGAGGCCGGUGCCCCCGUUGCUCACCAGGAGGCUGUCCGUACCGCCGGGUUUGAGGAUAACGUUCGCACCAUCAUCUUCACCGGCCGUCCCCUGCGUGUCCGCAACAAUGAAUACAUCAAGAACUGGGAGGAGAACCGCCAGGAAGAGAUCAAGCAACUGACCGCCAAGGGUAUCAUCCCCGUCGAGCACGACUUCGAGAACCUGCCCGACGAUGUUGAUGAUGAGACCCUGGACAAUGCUCGUCCUUUCCUGAUGGGCAAGGUUGCCGCCGUUGUGUCGGAGAAGAAGCCUGCCAAGGCUAUUGUUGACGAACUCGUCACGGAUGCCGCUGCUCUGUUGCAGAAGGGCAACAAGAUGCUUGCUAAGCUGUAA